AGUCCUUCCGGUCUCUCUGCUUCUCAUUGAAAGGAAAAUGGCUCUCGGACGCUUGUCUCAGGCUUUGCUCAAGUCUUCUCUGACCCAGAGCCGGCGUCAGCUUUCUGCUACCGCUGAACAAGGCCAUGAUGCAUCCAAGUUAUGGAAGCGCCUCACUUAUCUUGUCGCACUCCCGGGUGUUGCUGUGUGCAUGUUGAACAUGUACCUGAAAAUGCAGCACCAUGCGGCGCAUUAUGAAAAGCCAGAGUUCAUCCCUUAUUCCCACCUUCGGAUUCGCACCAAGCGUUUCCCCUGGGGAGAUGGCUCCAAAUCCCUUUUCCACAAUCGGGAGUUGAACGCCCUUCCUGGCGGCUAUGAGGGCGACGAAUAGUAAACCCUCCUCCAGACCUCCUGACUCUCUGGGGACCAGACCUCCCUCAGCGUUACUGGACCACACUUCCACUCUCAGUUUACUCUUCUUCUUCUGUUGUGUUUACCGCUGUGCUCUCAACAUGGGGCACCUGAACCAACAUUUAAUUUUACUCUGGACCAUUAAGCAAAAUGUCAGCCUGAUACUGAAUGAACAUUAUUAAAGUAACUAUUACCUCAA